AUGCCCCCAAAUCAUAUAGAAGCCUAUCCCCAAAUAACAAUCCCCCGUUUAGAAGAUUAUGAUAUUGAUCCGGUGACUGGGUUCUUACCUUCUAUUCCACCAUUACGGCGUCUGCCUGAUCCUUAUUAUGAGCCUUGGGAGUCGCUGCUUGAUAUCUUUCAUGAUCUUAUGCUAGCUGGGAGAUUAAGGGAGUGUAUUGGAAAGUUAGAAAUACUAAAAACAGAUCGAUUGAAAACGCCAGCUGAAUUUCGGCGCGCCUUCCUUGUUCUCUCUAUUCUCGCUCAUGGAUAUAUAUGGGGUAAUUUUGAGCCAGUUGUUGACAGAUUACCAGCAGGUUUGGCUAUACCUUGGGUAAAAGUGUCUGCUUACCUCGAAGUAGCACCGAUCGUCAAUCAUGCAGCCGUGGUCUUGUGGAAUUGGCGAUUAAUUUUUCCGAAUGAACCUUUAUGUCUGAAUAAUCUGGCGACAUUGGAUACGUAUUCAAACACAUUAGAUGAAUCCUGGUUUUAUCUCGUAACAACCGCGAUUGAAGGCGUUGGCGGUCGUGCGCUGGCCGCUAUAAUAUCCGCUUUCCAGGCUGCUCGCGAUGCAAACAACAAGGAUCUUAUUGCGUCGCUCACUGAUAUAAGCACAGCGAUAUCAGAUAUCCGCGAGUGUCUUCAACGAAUGUACGAAAAGUGUGAUCCAUAUGUGUUCUAUUGGAAAGUACGGCCAUAUUUGGCAGGUUGGGAGAACGAAGAUCGAUUACCUAAAGGAAUUAUAUACGAGGGUGUGGACGGAGUCGAUGAAAAGGGCGAGACUAUAUUUAGACAGUAUGUCGGAGCAAGUGCUGGUCAGAGUGCGCUGAUACAGGCGCUUGAUAUUGCAUUGAACGUCGAGCAUUAUCCGACUAAUACGAAAACAAAAGCAAAAGGACAUUCAAAUAUUUUCAAUUCUACCUCUUCCAAAAACUCAUUCUCAUACUACCCAUAUCCAAACAACAUUCCCCCAGUUCAAGACGAACCCAGCAUCACACCCCGUCAACCCUACUUGCACAAAAUUCGCCAAAACAUUCCUGGUCCGCACCGGCGAUUUCUCGAAGACCUUGCCAAAAUAGCUCACAUACGCGAAUACAUCAUGUCACAAGCGGACUGCGACAAUAAAGAUGUGGAAGUUGCGGCAUUAGUUGACGUUUAUAAUGAGUGUUUGAAUAAGAUGAACGAAUUUAGGAACAAGCAUUUGCAAAUUGUUAGUGUAUACAUAAUCAAUCAGGCGAGAAAAGCUGGCGGAUUACAUUUUAAUUCAAAGGAUCAUGCACCGAGCCUUGACAAAGGAUUCUCUUCUGUACCCAAGACAUCGGCGAAUACAUUGUCUUCCGUAGCCAGUGUCACCACAACUGUGGAGAACUCGACCACAACCCAUUCUGGUCCAAUUAAAGGUACGGGUGGGACUGAUUUGAUGCCAUUUUUGAAGCAGAUGAGAGAUGAGACAGCAUCCAAAGAGAUCGUGAGACAUUAG